AUGGCUACGGCACUGGCGCCCAAAUGGAAAGCCGCUCUUGAGAGCGCAAUCGCGGAAUUUCCCAAGCAAACUGUACUGCAGCUUUCGACGCUCGACUCGCAACCGUCUCCGUUUUCCUUGACUGUGGCUCCUCGUGUUCGAUCUCACAUCUUUCGGUCAUUUCUAUCGCCACCCUCUCAACCCAACCUCCCUCUAAUCCACACAACGACGGACAUUCGAACCCCCAAGGUGGACCAAAUAACCUCCAAUCCCCAUACACCGGUCGAGGUCGCUUGGUGGAUUGAAGGUCGCCAGCAACAAUUUAGGAUCCGAGGAAAGGCGGUUAUCAUCGGUGCACCUGGAGAUCCUCGUAAUGGUUCUUUUGCCCACUGGAGGGAUGUAGUUCGGGGUGCCCAGUCUCCUGGUUCGGAUGCCGCAAACGACGGACAGAGCACGGGAUACCUGGGGCUCAAGUCUCUUACCCUCUCCCCCUCCUUCGACUGGGAACAACAGCGCAUCUCGUCCUUCAAAGCCAUGUCUGCGCACAUGAAGGCAAGCUGGUGUCGUCCUGUUCCUGGAACACCACUGGAAGGAGGCCAGGAGGAGGCCAAAAAAUGGCCGGUCAGACUGGAAGAGCCAACCCCGGACUCGAGUGACGAAGACAAGAAGAAUUGGCAGGUGGCAUUGAAUAACUUCGCCCUGGUGAUUAUCGAACCCGUAUUCGUUGAUCUUGUGGACUUGGCAGUGAUUCCGAACCGGAGGUUCUUCUACGAGCGAGAUGAGAAGGGCAACUGGGAAGAGAAGGAGGUUGUUCCCUGACCAGCUUCAUCUAUACCUAGUAUGGCUUUAGGAACUGUAUCUAAUGAAAUCUUGAUUCUGUCAGAAGAACCCAGCUUCUUGAUACAUGUCAAUGGCCUAACCUUGGAGUUUGUACGGAUAUUUAAAAACGAGGACUGUUGGCAGA